GUGACUGAGCAGAGAAGUAGGAGGAGCACUCCGCGCCUUCGGGCCCUUGUUCGUCGCCCAGCCGCGCCGCCGCCGCCGCCGCUCCCCAUAGCAGAGGCGGCGGAGCCAGCGACAGCGCCUCCCUUCCUGGGGGGGCCGCAGUGGGGCCAUGGUGAACACCCGAAAGAGCUCCCAGUCCCAGCGUCUCUCCGGUAAAGCGGCGGCGGUCCCCGGGCCCGGCAGCCAUUUCAUUUCAUCCAGGACCCGCUUGUCUAGGACCAGCGCCAAAGCGGCGGCGGCGGCGGCGGCAGCGGCGGCAGCGGCGGCCGGGCAGGAUGAGGAGUCAGCCCGGAGAGAUGAUGGUAGUGAUGGUAGCUUGAGUGAUAGCCACAUAUCUCCACCAGCCAAACGUACCUUGAAACAUGCUGAUUCUGUAUGCAAAGACAAAUCAAAAUCUCGCAGUACUGGGCAGCGAGAGGAAUGGAGCGUCUCAACUGGACAGUCCCGGUUAACUUCUCAGUCUGGUGCUACCUUACCAAAUGGGCGUAGUUUAUCUCUCAAAAGCUGUUCCCUUCGAGGGGAGAAAAAAGGAGAUGGGGACCAUGCUUGCAUAAACGGAGGCAGAGAAAUCAGAAAAAGUUGUCGAUCCAGAAAAAACAGAUUUGAAAGUUUGAAUCAGAGUUUACUAUUUGAUCAACUAGUAAACAGUACUGCUGAAGCUGUUCUUCAGGAAAUGGACAAUAUUAACAUCAGACGGAAUAGGCGUUCAGGUGAAGUGGAACGGUUGCGCAUGUGGACAGAUACAGAAUUUGAAAACAUGGAUAUGUAUUCACGUGUGAAGAGGAGGCGGAAAUCACUGAGGAGAAAUAGCUAUGGAAUACAGAACCAUCAUGAAGUUUCCACAGAAGGGGAAGAAGAAGAAUCUCAAGAAGAAGAUGGAGAUAUUGAAGCAGAGGAGGCAGAGGGAGAAGAAAAUGAUCGCCCAUAUAAUCUGAGACAAAGAAAAACAGUGGAAAGAUAUCAAGCACCCCCUAUAGUGCCAGCUCAUCAGAAGAAAAGGGAAAAUGCAUUAUUUGACAUUCAUAGAUCUCCUGCAAGAAGAAGCCAUAUAAGGAGAAAGAAGCAUGCCAUUCAUAGCAGUGAUACAACCUCUUCAGAUGAAGAACGCUUUGAGAGAAGAAAAUCUAAGAGCAUGGCAAGAGCAAGAAACCGAUGUCUGCCUAUGAACUUCCGAGCAGAAGACUUGGCCAGUGGAAUCCUGCGUGAACGAGUGAAAGUUGGUACAAGCUUGGCUGAUGUAGAUCCAAUGAUUCUUGACAAAUCGGUGCGCUUCGAUAGCAUAGGUGGAUUGAGCAAUCACAUUCAUGCACUUAAGGAAAUGGUUAUAUUUCCUCUUCUUUAUCCUGAAAUAUUUGAAAAAUUCAAAAUUCAGCCUCCAAGGGGCUGUUUGUUUUAUGGUCCUCCUGGAACAGGUAAAACUUUGGUAGCUAGAGCUCUGGCCAACGAAUGCACCCAAGGGGAGAGAAAAGUUGCUUUUUUUAUGAGGAAAGGAGCAGACUGUCUCAGCAAGUGGGUUGGUGAAUCUGAACGACAACUUCGACUCCUCUUCGAUCAAGCUUACCUGAUGAGGCCAUCCAUAAUAUUUUUUGAUGAAAUAGAUGGUUUGGCCCCAGUCCGUUCUAGCCGACAAGACCAGAUUCAUAGCUCUAUAGUGUCUACUCUGCUUGCUCUCAUGGAUGGACUGGACAACAGAGGAGAAAUAGUUGUCAUUGGUGCUACAAACAGACUUGAUUCUAUAGACCCAGCACUCAGGAGACCUGGUCGUUUUGACAGGGAAUUUCUUUUUAGCUUGCCUGAUCAAAAGGCAAGAAAGCACAUCUUACAAAUUCAUACCAGGGACUGGAACCCCAAAUUAUCAGAUCAUUUUUUAGGAGAAUUAUCUGAAAAAUGUGUCGGCUAUUGUGGAGCUGAUAUAAAAGCACUUUGCACUGAGGCUGCCUUGAUUGCCCUGCGACGACGCUAUCCUCAGAUCUAUGUGAGCAGUCAGAAACUGCAGCUUGAUGUUUCUUCAAUAGUUCUCAGCGCACAAGAUUUUUACCAUGCAAUGCAGAAUAUUGUGCCUGCCUCUCAACGUGCCGUGAUGUUGUCAGGGCAUGCACUAUCUCCCAUCAUAAGGCCUCUGCUGGAGAGAACCUUCAAUGACAUCCUGGCAGUUUUACACAAAGUGUUUCCUCAUGCUGAAUUCAGUCAGAGUGACAAAAGAGAAGAUUCACUAAAUCUAAUUUUAGAUGAUAGUGAAGAUGAAAAUACUUCAUCAAUAUUUGAGUCAAGUUGCCAGUUAGGAUCACCAAAGAAACAAUUACCAGCUGCUAUACAUAAACCUUACCUUCAUUUUACAAUGUCAGCUUACCACCAGCCCACCUCUUACAGGCCAAGGUUACUGCUUUCUGGAGAGAGGGAUUCAGGUCAGACUUCACACCUUGCUCCAGCUCUAUUGCACUCUCUUGAAAAAAUUGCUGUACACAGAUUAGAUCUGCCAGCACUUUAUUCGGUCAGUGCCAAGACUCCUGAAGAAUCAUGUGCUCAGAUCUUUCGUGAAGCAAGAAGAACUCUACCAAGUAUUGUUUACAUGCCUCAUAUUGGUGAUUGGUGGGAGGCUGUCAGUGAAACUGUGAGAGCUACAUUUCUAACAUUGCUGCAAGACAUACCGUCAUUCUCACCUAUAUUUCUACUCUCUACCUCUGAAACCAUGUACAGUGAACUGCCUGAAGAGGUGAAGUGUAUCUUUAAAAUCCAGUAUGAAGAGGUUUUUUAUAUUCAGAGACCUAGCAAAGAAGACAGGCGUAAAUUUUUCCAAGAGCUGGUUCUCAUUCAGGCAUCAAUGCCUCCUCCAAGGAGAAAACAAACAGCUCUUUCUGAUUUAGAGGUGCUUCCUCUUGCACUGCCAUCUCCUACCCGCCAGCUGUCAGAGACUGAAAAGCAGCGAAUGGAGGACCAGGAAGAAAACACGCUGAGAGAGCUGCGGUUGUUUCUCAGGGAUGUUACCAAGAGGCUGGCCACAGACAAGCGCUUUAACAUCUUCAGCAAACCGGUGGAUAUUGAAGAGGUUUCAGAUUACCUUGAAGUUAUCAAAGAGCCGAUGGACCUGUCUACAGUAAUAAGUAAAAUUGAUAAACACAACUACUUAACGACAAAGGAUUUCCUAAUAGACAUAGAUCUUAUCUGCAGCAAUGCAUUGGAAUAUAAUCCUGACAAAGAUCCUGGGGAUAAAAUAAUUAGGCACAGAGCCUGUACUCUGAAGGACACUGCACAUGCUAUCAUAGCUGCUGAGCUGGAUCCAGAAUUCAAUAAAAUGUGUGAAGAAAUAAAAGAAGCAAGAAAAAAGAGAGGCUUGUCAGUAACGGCAGAGCAAAUAAAUCCUCAUGGUUCCACUGUACAGAAAACAGAAACGGGAGUUGAAGAGGCAUUCCAGAACCGCCAAAAAAAUGCCAUGACAGUUUGGCACAACUCUGCAAAUAAAUGUGCAUUUCGAUUAAGGAGGAAAUCAAGACGACGCUCACAGUGGGGCAAAGGCAUUAUUAAAAAGAGAAAAGUGAAUAAUUUGAAGAAAGAUGAAGAUGAUGCCAAGUUUGCAGAUGAUGAAAACCAAGGGGAGGACAGCAAGUUGCUGGAGAAUGGGGAACUUGAGGGAAGUACAGACUGCAUUGAGGAGAACGGAGAGGAAACGGGUGAUCUCUCUUUGACAAAUGAUGAGUCGUCUUGUGAUGUCAUGGAUAUAAAUGGAGAACAAAGACUUAAUAACGGGACAGUAGGGAAAGAAAAUAAUAUACCAUCCACAGAAGAGAGUUCAAAUGAAUCCCUGCUUGUAAGUAAUAAAGUUGCUAUGAAUGCAGGGAAGGAAUCCAAGGAGGAGGAGACAUUCAAGAGGGAUCGUUUAAAUGGCGAAGCCUCUGAGGGUACACCUAUUCCAGUAUGUCAGUAUGGCAAAUGUGAAUCAUUGAAUGUGGCUUUACCUUCGAGUAUCCCUGACAUGUCAACUCUUGAACAAAAUGCAACAAUUGAUGACCAACCAAUGGAAAAAUCAGAUGGGUCAAACGAUAUCCCAGAAGUAGAACAGAUAAAACAGGCUGGCAGUGACACACCACAAGGCAGCAAUAAUGAAAAGAAAUCACAAGGCAUAGAUAUGGAGUCUAAAGAAACUGAAUCAGAUAAAGAAGGUACGUUAAAAAAUAAAAAAUCUCGCAAAGUUGCUUUGGCACAGGUUCCAGAGGAGCAGCUGGACCCUGGACCACCGGUAGUGGUUGACCAUGACAGAUUAAUGAAUUUACUUGAUUUAUUGGUUAUGAAAAGUGACAACCUGACUGUUGACCAGCUUGAGAGGCUAUACUCACUGCUUAAUCAAUGCAUCUACCGGCACCGUACAGAUUAUGACAAGUCGCAGCUUGUAGAGGAGAUGGAGAGAACAGUUCAUAUGUUUGAAACAUUCCUGUGAACUCUUCAAGACGUGCGGGUCUAUCUUUUCGUAAGCUGCUCAUGGGCGAGCGGUCCUCUGAGCCAUUCGAUUUCCAGUUGCACCAAGUACGUGCAGAUCCUUGGUCUUAACAUGCUCGCUCGUUGUCUCUCUUUCUGUUAAGAAUUUGGUGCUAUUGUCUCAGGUACCUGAAACCAGCCAGCCUACAAGAACCAAACGGAACUUCAUCAUAUUUGUAUCUUGAUAUAAAUAAAGAAUAUAAUGCCACAACUUGGAGAUUUUUGGUGCUACAGAAACUGCUCUCAUUUCUGCUGCCUAUAUUCAUUAUCUUAUGAGAAGCUUCAGGCAAAAUGGAGCAGGCUGACAAAACAGCCACAAACUGGAUAGAGCAGAUCUAAGUGAUUGUUUCUUUAAGUGGGCAGCUUCUAAAACGUUACUGUUUUCUUUUCUUUCUUUCUUUUUAUUCUCUGAGGUAAUGGACAGAAGCCUGUUUUUAAAGCUGGCAGUGAAGAAUUGUGGUAAAAUGAAUUAACUUUGGUAUACAAUAAUGUGAAGAUGAGGCUCAAUUGAGCUGCCUUCAAUGUGCCUUUUUAGUCGGAGGAGGAGGAGGAGGAGGAGGAGGAGGAGAAGGCUAUUAAAAUGGUUGGGAUUGUAGCCAAUGACAGAGUUAGAAAGUUCUUUUCAAAAGCCUGUGUUCCUUCCCAAAGAACAGUUUCAGGUUCCCACACUGUCAAAUGGCAGCCAGUAUUAUGUUUUAACAUGUCUGUGUUGCUCUCCAAAACCUAAAUAAUGGAAAUGACCACAUGUUAUCUCAAAAUGAUAAAAUGCAUUUAUUCCAAAAGUAUAUUAGUUUUGAAAAAGAAAUACACUGUGAAAGUUCACAGUGGAAAUUUAAGGUGGCUGUAGUUGUGUUUUUGUUUUUUAAGUGUUCCAUUUUAUUCCUUCAGAGUUUUUAAAAACAGGUUUCUUUCUGAAGUUCCAUUAUGAUGGAAGUUAAGACUUGCUGGGUGGCCAUAGACAGAGAAGACAAUUUUGUCCUGCAGUACUUUAGCCUUUGUACGAAUUAGGCCAGGCUCAUUCAGUGCAGUUCGUACUGAGCAGUAUUAGUAAGAAAACAAAUGAAUGGCCUUUCUUUUUUGUUUGGUUUCGGACCUCUGAAUUGGCCUGAGGCAAUCACAGUUUGCUAGAGCUGAAUGAUGCGAUAACAGUUUUCAAGCUCCUCCUUCAUUUGGAGAUUAAGAGGAGGCACACUCCAGGCAGCAGGAAGGCUGUUCGUUGCAGGCCCAGCAUUUAGCAGCCUGUCAGACAGAUUUCUUUUAGAGCAACAUGUAGAAGAUCAGGUUGAGCCAGUGAAUUCCCGGUAUUUAAAAUGUGAUCAGUAUCCAUUUAAAAUAUGAUCAGAAGCUUGCAGGGGUGUCUUUUCCAAAAUAUGCAACUCAGUAUGUUUUGUUUUAAAGAAGCAAAAAUGGUCUUGGACUACUGCAGAGAUACUCAGCUACCUCAGCUUUUUGUAUUUGUUACCAACGAGUGUUUACGGAAGGCUGUAACCCGCUUUGCUACCGUUCACAUGCUAAAGCGAAGGUACUUGUCACUAGGUGUGUAGCUUAUAUAGUAGGAUGCCACUGCUGAAAAUCAGGCACUGGCCUUGGGCUACUGCAGUAAUCCCCAAAGUGCUUUUUUUCUCCCAUCACCCCCUCUUUUUUCUUUUCAGAAGUUACGUACAAGCCUUCUAAUUAUAGCCAAGCCUCCCCAGGCCCACCCCAAAUGCCACUUGUUUAAUUCCUAAUAUGCAUUUAAGGCACAAUCUUAUGCAUCUUUAGAUAGAAAAACUUGUAUAAUUCCCAGCAUGCUCCAGCCAACACGAGUGGAUGCGUUUUGUAGCACUUUUUUCUGCCUAAACAUGCAUAGGAUUGCAUUGUAAGUCACAUACUAUUCUAAACACAACUCCUGUAGAAAUGCCGUAUUUUUAGGUGGGAAAGUGCGAUUAAAACAAAAACCUUUUAAAGUAGUAUCUCCAUUCAUUUUAGAAAUUUGAUUGUGGGAUCUUCUCAUUUUUCUGUUAGUAUUUAUUGCCAUUAUAGCUGUUUAGGAUAUUUUGCUGUCAAAUCCACUAGCAUUUUGUAUUUUGAUGGAAAUUGUUACAAAACUUUGAGAUUUGAUGAAAAUGAAAUGUAGCAGAUUUUUUGUAGCAAGUUUCUGGUAAAAUAAUUUUUUGCAAGUCUCAGGUUCUUGCAGCAUUUUUAAAAAUAUUGUAGUUCAAAGAUACUUUUGUUCAAGUAGCAGCAGCACUUGUGAGAAGAAAAAACUGCAUACAUUUUUAACAGGUUGCUAAAUUUGUACAAGUUAAAUCCUUUAAAUCUAGUUGUCAAUUAAUUUGAAAAGAGUAUGUUAAAUUCAAGUCCAGCAUUAAAAAUGCUUCCAACUGGUCAUUUGAGGGGGGGAAAUCUUAGUAGUUUUGAAUGUUGAUAAUAAAUUGAGGAACUGCCUCUCAAUGUUAUAGGUUUUUAAGAAGAAUUAGCAUAUAUAAAUGUGUUAGUGGGCAACAUGAAUAAAAUUAUAUAUUCACCCUUUUGGCUCCAAAACCACACUAAAACAUAUAUUGCUUUUCUUUACCAAUAGCUUAGUGGUUGUAGAGUUAAACCUGUUAAUCUCUUCAUGUUGUCAAGUCGUUUACUAUCUGUAUUUCUGUUAUUAUUAUUUUGCCACUUAAAACUGGCAAUAAUCUGUACAAAUCAAUUCUUGUUUCUUGUUAUGAAUAUUACCAAUGAACUCCUGUGCAAGGCCUUAUCCUAGGGCCAGACGGAGGUUAAAUUUCUGUGGGGCUAAUGAUGGAACUGCUCUAAGAUGACCAUGGCUGUGGAGUUAAUUGUGUUUGCAAGCUUGAAUUUCACCUGUGAUUAAUUUAUGUUUUGUGUCCUCGAUAUUGUUACUUGAGUUUUCUCAUAUGCCAAUGUAUUUAUUAUAGGAUUAUUGGGUGUUUUUGUUUUUGUUUGUCUUUGCUAAUACUUUGUCUUCCCAUACCUUUUUAAGUUGGAGGGUAAUUUCUGGCUUUGUUUGAUAUUUUGAAUGGCAGGUCCUAUGGCUGGUCAUCAUUUCUCUCUUUUUUGGGGUGUAAAUUCAACAUAAGGAAUUUCAGUGUGUACCUGCUUCUUUUCUAUAUUGUACAUUGGUUUACUUAGGGAAUGGGGAUGUCUUGUUGUUUGGUUUCAUUCAUGUGUGUCUACUUUUUGAUUAAGUAAGCUUACUUCAUCAGCUAUGAUAAAUUUCAGAUUCUAUAAGUUGUAUUCAGAACUGUGUUUCACUUGAUUAUUUUUUUUUUUUGCUUCUUGACUUCAUUCUGCAUUAGUUAAGUAAAUUAUUUAAUUUUUUGAAUUUCUGGAUAUUUUGAACAUCUUACUGUAAUUUGUAAUAUAACUGCUGUGAAAUACUUGAAUAAAGAUGACAAGUAAAAAUC